AUGUCCCAGACGUACAAGCUGCUCGUCCUACCUGGCGACCAUGUCGGCCCCGAAGUCGUCGCCGAGGCCCUCAAGGUCCUCGAUGUCGUCGAGGCCAGCCGGCCCGGCCUGAAAUUCGAGCGCGAUUUUGACCUGGCCGGCGGCGCCAGCAUCGACAAACACGGCGUGCCCAUCACCGAAGCCGUGCUCGCCAAGGCCGAGGCCAGCGAUGCCGUCCUGUUUGGCAGCAUUGGUGGCCCCGAGUGGGCGGGUGCCGUGCCCACACCCGAGUCGGGCUUGCUGGCCCUGCGCCGUCGCCUCGACGCCUUUGCCAACAUCCGCCCCUGCGCCUUUUACGCGCCGUCCCUCGUCAAGCAGUCGCCCAUCAAGGAGCAUCUGGUCAAGGGCACGCACUUUGUCGUCGUGCGCGAGAACUGCGGCGGCGCGUAUUUCGGCGACAAGCGCGAGGACGCCGACGUCGCGUCCGACCUGUGGGAGUACAAGACACCCGAGAUUGAGCGCCUGGCGCACGUCAGCGCGGCCGUCGCCCGUCUCAUGGGCCGUCCCGAGGACCGGUCCAAGGCCGCCAAGGUCUGGAGUGCCGACAAGUACAAUGUCCUGGCCAACAGCCGGCUGUGGCGCACCGUAACGCAGCGGGUGCUCGACGCCCCCGCGUACGCCGACAUUGACCUGCAGCACCAGCUGGCCGACAGCAUGGCCAUGCUGAUGGUGGCGCAGCCGACGCGCUUCAACGGCGUCAUCCACACCGAUAACACCUUUGGCGACAUUCUGUCCGACAUUGCGGGCGGCAUCACCGGUACCCUGGGUGUCCUGCCCAGCGCCAGCAUCUCGGCCGUCCCCGGUGGCGACGGCCGCUGCAACGGGAUCUACGAGCCCGUCCACGGCAGUGCGCCCGACAUCUCCGGCAAGGGCCUGGUCAACCCCGUGGCCCAGAUUCUCAGCGUCGCCAUGAUGCUGCGGUACUCGUUCCUUCUGGCGGCCGAGGCUGACGCCAUCGAAAAGGCCGUGUCGAUCGUGUUGGAGGAAAAGGCUGCCGGCGGGCUGGAGAUUCGGACGGCCGACCUGGGCGGCAAGGCGACAACGCGCGAUGUCGGUGAGGCUGUAUGCUCGGAGCUGAAGAAGCUGCUAUCGAAGUAG